AUGAGCCAAAGAAUUGCAGUAUUUCCAACAAGGAUGAACUUAAGAACGAUGGAAAUCAAGCACAAGAGUGCAGAACGAGGAUAUUCUCUGCUUAAAAGAAAAAGUGAUGCAUUGAAAACAAGGUAUAAGGCAAUAGAGGAGGAAUAUAGAGAAAAGGAAUCACAAAUAAAUCAGAAGAUCAGAGAUGCGUUUUUCAAGCUUACAGAAGCAGAGUUUCUGGGAGCCAACCUCAAAAUGUUCAUACAUGAAUGCCAGAAGCAAAGCCUUUCUGUAGUGACUAAAGUUGAGCAGGUUUCUGGAGUGAGUCUUCCCUUGUUUGACCUUCAGAAGGAAAAUAUCAAUCCGAUUUUAUUUCUUGACAGAAGUGGUCAGUCGUUGAACGAAUGCAGAGCAAGUUUCAUAGAAGUACUUGAAAUGCUGGUUGACUUAUGUGCGCUAAAGAAUUCGUUUAAAAUCCUGGAUUAUGUAUUGAUGAGCACAAACCGACGGGUUAAUGCAUUGGAGUUCAGCAUCGUGCCAAGAUUGGAAAGUACAAUAAGUUACAUAAACUCCGAGCUUGAUGAGCAGGAUCGUGAAGAUUUCUUCAGACUCAAGAAGAUACAGAACUUGAAAAGCAAAAGCAUGGAUUAA